AUGUUUCAACAAUUAUUAUAUAUUUUUCUUGUUUUAUUUAUUUCAUCAUUAGCUUCCAAUCGUACUUCAUUAACUGGUGGUUAUUGGAUAAUAAAUAAUAACAUCAAUCAUACAGCACAACAUAAUAUACCUGGUACAAUUCAUACAAUACUUUUUAUGGCCAAACAAAUACCUGAUUCCUAUUUGGAAAAUAAUGAUAUUGAUUUACGUUAUUUAAUAUAUAAUAACUGGCAUUUACCAAAACAAAUUUAUUUAUUUUCUGAUUUUGUUGUUUCAAAUCAAAUAACAAUACAUUUAGAAUAA